GAUCUGUCUUACCUGUUCUAAUUAAUGUGUUGAGAUGAGAAUGACAAAUGAUAAUUUUUCUCGGUGACCGUUCAUUUUUUAUUCAACUGAAAGGAUUAACGGGUUAAUUGGUUGACCAAUCAAAAUUCAGCCGGUGCGAUGAAAAAGAUUACCUAAGAUUACCGUUUUGUGAGUAGAAGUUCCUUGUAAAAACAAAUUGAUGACCUAUUGUGUUUGCUCCACGUGGGUUAUGGACUUGCGAAAACAAUAACAGUGAGGAAUCGCUUGUUUGAAGAAGCUUUUCAGCGCAGGAAAACUCUUUGCAUGUGUGCAUUGAUGCUGUUUUGGUCGGAUGAAUAUUUUUGGCGGUGUAUUCAAAAUGGCGGAAAUCACAUGUUGACACUUGUCUGUGUAUUGGUUUUACUUCAACAUCUUUAAAUCUCCAAUGACAUUUAAUAAAAAAUAAACUUUUUCAAAUAUGAACUUUUCUGAACUGUUCCGUCAGACAAGUCAGCUCUGCAAAUUCUCUCCUGAUGGAAAAUAUUUGGCUGCAGUUGUAGAAUUUCGUCUGAUUGUCAGAGAUGUAGAUACAUUCCAAAUACAGAAUCUUUACAGUUGCCUUGAUACCAUACAAUGCAUAGAGUGGUCAUCAGAUUCCCAGUUUAUUCUGUGUGGUUUAUACAAGAGAGGUGUAGUACAGGUAUGGUCAAUAGAACAGCCUGACUGGAACUGUAAAAUAGAUGAAGGUUCUGCUGGAUUAUGUGGUGUCCAUUGGAGUCCAGAUGGCAGACAUAUUUUGACUACAGCUGAUUUUAAUUUAAGAGUGACAGUAUGGUCCUUGAUAACAAAGUCAGUAUCCUACAUACGGUACCCAAAACAGUGUCAAAAAGCGAUAGAUUUUAGUAGUGAAGGAAAGUACAUGGCUUUGGCAGAGAGACGGGAUUGCAAAGAUUUUGUCAGCAUUUUUGCCUGUAGUAACUGGGAGCUUGUCAAACAUUUUCAGACAGAUACAGACGAUUUAGCUGGAAUUGAAUGGUCACCUGAUGGACGUGUACUUGGAGUCUGGGAGUCACCCUUGUGUUACAAGAUACUGGUGUAUUCAGUUGAUGGCAGAUGUAUAUCAAAGUACAGUGCCUAUGAGAAUGCUCUUGGUGUGAAAAGUAUAGCCUGGUCUCCUACUAGCCAGUUCUUAGCCAUAGGGAGCUAUGAUGAAAAGGUGAGAAUUUUGAACCACAUUACAUGGAAGACAGUAGCAGAACAUAGUCACCCAGCAAUACUGGAUUGUAGUAAUGUGGUGGUAUAUAAAGAAGUAGAAACAAGGGCUCCCUUGCCCCCAGGAGACAAUAUUGAUGCCCCUACAGCAACACUUUUCAUUCCACAGAGCAAAUUUGAAGUACAGCAAGGUGACAUAAAACUACCCAUCACCAAACCAGAUAUAAACAAAGCUAAUCCAAAGAUAGGAGUUGGGAUGGUAGCUUUCAGUUGUGAUUGUAAAUACAUGUAUACUAGGAAUGAUAAUAUGCCAGGUACAUUAUGGAUAUGGGACAUCAGAAGAUUAGCCCUUUGUACAGUAAUGAUUCUUAAUUCAACAAUCAAAUCUGUUAAGUGGGAUCCUCAUCAAGCACGUCUAGCUGUAGCUACUGGUACAAGCAAAUUAUAUAUGUGGUCUCCUGCAGGAAGUUUGUCAGUGGAGGUACCAGUUGAAGGUUCAUUCAAUGUUCAGGGUUUAUUAUGGCAUACAGAGGGUAAUACCAUUCUGCUGAUGAGUAAGGAUCAGAUGUGUGUAUGUUAUCUUACUGAUAACACAGCAGAGACAGCAGCAUAAACCAAUAUAAAGACAGUACUAAAAUGUGGAUUGAAUUGUGAUGUCAUACCGACGAGAGGUGUAUAACCAUCAAAUGUAGACAGGGAUACGUUCUAUGUACAUGAACGACAGUGUGUUUAUAAUUUAUAAAUGUAAUAUUAGGAGGGAAGUAUUAUUGUACUUGAAGUUUGAGCCUGUUAUAUCAAAAAAUAAGCUGAGGAAUUCUCAAAAUGUUGCAGACUGUUUUCAGUAAGUUAGGUAUGAGAAUUCAACUUUAAUAUAUGGAUAUGAAGAGAACAAAACAGCAAACUAAAAUGGGGUUUUUGAAAAACAAAACCUAAACAGAAAGAUAUUAUUAUUGUACAUAUUUGACCUAAACAAUCAUAGAACUUUGUGUAAAACUUCUGACAAUCUUGCUUUUUGGGGGGAUUUUUUUUCAAAAGAUUUAUCCAAGAUAAAAAAAAAACAAGUUAAAGAUUUGAAUUUGAUUUUGUUGUUGGAUUGUUUUCCAUGUUUUAACUGUGUAAAUUAAACUUAAAAAGAAAAUAAGGCUUCAUGCUGAAAAAAUGAAAUUGUCUGUAGGAGCUUGAGAUUUAUUCUUACCAAAUUUGUUUAAGAAUACUCAGAUUUAACCAGUAUAUUGCUUCAUACAUAUCCAAUUUGUUGGUACAUUCCAUUUUGACAAUUUUUCCGUCCAAGAACCAAAACCAUUUAUUUGUAUAGUGCUAUUUGAUACACUGAAAUCUGUUAAAUCUAAACAUAUUUUGAAUUAGGCCGAUAUCUGGUUUUUUGUGUUGUCGGGAUGCUGCCUCAUUGAAGUAUACCCCACAUCUUCUUUUAUUCAUAUUUACUUUUACAAAUUGAAUUCUUGUACAUCUUCUGAGUCUUUCCAACUUAAGCUUGUCUUUCUGUAUGUACUAAUUUUGUUUUCAUAACAUGUAAUUUGAAUUGGAAUUCAGCCAUUAAAAAUUCUUAAGACAUAUUCAAAAUCAUUAAUACAUAUUCAAAAUCCUGAAGACAUAGUGUACCUACCUCAUGGGUAGUCAAGGUAAACACCCCCUAGCUAGUAGUAGUUAAGCCACAGUCCUUUUUCAUAAUACAUAAUUGCAUUUUUCUUUUUUGGUGAAAAAAAUGCAUCGUAAACCAGGUGAUAUGAUAAAUUGGACAAUGUUUAGACAAAAUCUAUUUUCUACUCAGAUUGGACAAAAAAUGUUCACCAAAAAUUUAGAUCAGAAUUUUUGUUCCAAAAUCCCAUGUCCUGUCCAACUCAUAUUUUGGAAAUAUUUUUUUCUUACCAAGAAAGUGAAUAGUGAAUUAAAUGAUUAGAACAAAUAGAUUUUUGGAAUUUUGACAGAUUUCAUUGUAUGUAGUAAUUUUAUUGUGAAUGUAAUAAUGUUAUUAUAUAUAUUGAAAAAUUGAAAGCAUUUAGUUUUAUUUAAUCAUUUACAUUAUAUUAUUAUGUGACAAUUACUAAAAAUAAACCAUUAUAAAGAU